AUGACAGAGCUCCACCAUGCUCCCUCCAAGUUGGUCCUGGAUGAGUGUGGAGAUUACCCUCCCGUGCGGAACUUUCAAGAUGCCAAAACCAUAUGUGUUAUGGAGUCAUCCAAGUUGUGGGGGAUUGCAGGUCCUAUUGCAUUCAACAUCCUCUGCAAUUAUGGGGUCAAUUCCUUUACCAAUAUAUUUGUUGGACACAUUGGGGACGUUGAGCUCUCUGCUGUUGCCAUUUCCCUCUCUGUUAUUGCAAACUUCUCUUUCGGCUUCUUGCUUGGAAUGGGAAGUGCAUUGGAGACACUCUGCGGGCAAGCUUUCGGCGCAGGGCAAGUUGAAUUGCUCGGGGUAUACAUGCAACGAUCAUGGCUCAUCUUGCUUGGUGCUUGCUUCUUCUUGCUGCCGCUUUACCUCUACGCCACGGAAAUCCUGAAGCUCCUCGGAAUCGAGCCCGACAUCGCUGAACUGGCCGGCAGAUUCACCAUUCAGGUCAUCCCCCAGAUGUUCUCUCUGGCCCUCAACUUCCCUACCCAGAAAUUUCUGCAGGCGCAGAGCAACGUUGGGUUCUUGGCGUGGAUUGGUUUUGUGACUUUCGUCAUCCACAUAGUUCUGCUCUACUUCUUCAUCUACAUCUUCAAAUGGGGGCUGACUGGCGCUGCUGUGGCUUACGACAUCUCGGCUUGGGGAUUGGCUCUGGCUCAGGUGGUUUACAUCGUUGGAUGGUGCAAGGAAGGCUGGAGAGGGCUGUCCUGGUUAGCGUUUAAGGACCUCUGGGGUUUCUUCAAACUCUCCAUAGCUUCAGCUGUGAUGAUUUGUUUGGAGAUUUGGUAUUUCAUGACCUUAAUUGUGCUUACUGGACACCUUGAAGAUCCUAUCAUCGCAGUUGGGUCUCUUUCUAUAUGCAUGAACAUUAAUGGAUGGGAAGGGAUGCUCUUCAUCGGGAUCAAUGCGGCCAUAAGUGUUAGGGUCUCAAAUGAGCUUGGAUCAGGACAUCCUAGAGCAACCAAGUACUCUGUAAUAGUAACCUGCACGGAGUCUCUCCUCAUAGGAAUAUUUAGCGCGGGAGUAAUUCUAGCAACUAGAGAAGAUUUUGCUGUCAUUUUCACUGACAGCAAUGAGAUGAAGAAAGCAGUAGCUGACUUGGCUUAUCUUUUAGGGAUAACAAUGAUCCUGAACAGCAUCCAACCUGUCAUCUCAGGGGUUGCUGUUGGAGGAGGGUGGCAAGCUUUAGUGGCUUAUAUAAACUUGUUUUGUUACUAUGCUGUUGGUUUGCCUCUUGGUUUUUUCCUUGGUUACAAAACAAGUAUGCAUGUGAAGGGGAUUUGGCUGGGGAUGAUUUUUGGGACAUUUUUACAGACAUUAAUUCUUAUUUGCAUUAUCUGCAAAACCAAUUGGAACAAGGAGGUUGAACAAGCAUCAGAAAGAAUGAAGCAAUGGGGAGCGGGAAAUGACUCAAUGCUACCCACUUCUGAUACUAGAUAAUAGGCCCUUGAAGAUUUAGACACUCUCAUAGUGAUUUCUUUUGGUCUAAAAGAAGGAAAAAAUGAAAAAUAAGGAUGAGAAGGAAACUUAGAAUUUCAUAGCACCUUUUGACUUAAAAAAAAAACUGGCUUCUUCUUUCGUGUUUGAGUAAAAAGAGGAAGAAAAAAGUUGUACAGUUAUAUAAAUUGGGUUUUAAGUUCAUUUGUUUAGUGAGUUUCAUGGAAUGUGGGUAACUUUAUAUUUUAAGGUUUCAGAUUGGAUGAAACUCCUUUGUUUACCUAC